UUUAUCUAAAAAGAAAAUUAUCUUUAUUGUUAUUUAUGGUCUGGAAUUUUUCAUGUAUUGGUCAAACCAAGAUUGGGGUUUGGACAGGAUAAGAUUUACACCCGUAAUUACAUACACAAUACACACAUCCUCUGGCCAAGAAAGACACACUGGCAUGGUGUGUUGUAGGUAGGAGGAACUGAGGAAGUGUUUUUGUUGUUCUUCUUCUUCUAAUCUUCUGGGCUUUUAGGGUUCUUGGAGUUCUGGAGAGAUGUCAAGUGGUGGGUGCAGUAUAGUGUGGUUUAGGAGGGAUCUGAGAGUGGAAGACAACCCUGCUUUGGCUGCAGGGGUGAGGUCUGGGGCAAUCAUAGCACUCUUCAUCUGGGCUCCUGAGGAAGAAGGGCACUAUUAUCCUGGCAGGGUUUCAAGAUGGUGGCUUAAGCAGAGUUUGGCUCAUCUGGAUUCUUCUCUCAGGAGUCUGGGCACUACCCUAAUCACAAAGAGAUCUACUGACAGUGUUUCCUCUCUGAUUGAAGUUAUCAAGUCUACUGGUGCCUCUCACCUCUUCUUCAACCACUUAUAUGAUCCGUUGUCGCUUGUUAGGGAUCAUCGUGCAAAGGAAAUUUUAACGGCUCAAGGUGUGACUGUGCGCUCCUUCAAUUCUGAUUUGCUGUAUGAGCCCUGGGAAGUUGUGGAUGAUGAAGGUCACCCUUUCACAACCUUCAGCGCUUUUUGGGAUAGAUGCCUUAGCAUGCCUUAUGAUCCCGAGGCUCCACUUCUCCCUCCUAAACGGAUUGUUUCUGGUGAUGUGUCUCGAUGUCCUUCAGUAAACUUAGUAUUUGAAGAUGAAUUGGAGAAAGGAAGCAAUGCACUUCUUGCUCGGGCAUGGUCCCCUGGUUGGAGGAAUGCUGAUAAGGCAUUAACAGCUUUUAUAAACGGGCCAUUGAUUGAGUACUCACAGAACCGAAGAAAGGCUGAUAGUGCAACAACCUCAUUUCUUUCCCCGCAUUUACACUUUGGGGAAGUAAGCGUUCGGAAAGCAUUCCAUCUGGUUCGAAUGAAGCAAGUUCUCUGGGCCAACGAAGGGAACAUAGCAGGCGAAGAGAGUGUGAAUCUGUUCCUCAAAUCCAUUGGGCUGAGAGAGUAUUCGAGAUAUAUGAGCUUUAACCAUCCAUACAGCCACGAAAGGCCUCUCCUUGGUCAUCUAAAGUACUUCCCAUGGGUAAUUAACGAGGGCUACUUUAAGGCGUGGAGGCAAGGCAGAACUGGUUACCCUCUCGUGGAUGCUGGUAUGAGAGAGCUCUGGGCAACCGGCUGGCUACAUGAUAGGAUACGCGUUGUAGUUUCUAGUUUCUUUGUCAAAGUUUUGCAGCUUCCAUGGAGAUGGGGAGUGAAGUACUUUUGGGAUACUCUAUUAGAUGCAGAUCUCGAGAGUGAUGCUCUCGGUUGGCAAUACAUCUCUGGCACCAUACCCGAUGGCCGCGAAUUAGACCGCAUUGAUAAUCCACAGUUUGAAGGUUACAAAUGUGACCCGAAUGGGGAGUAUGUACGUCGGUGGCUUCCUGAACUUGUUCGGCUUCCAACCGAGUGGAUUCACCAUCCCUGGAACGCCCCGGAAUCUGUUCUGCAAGCAGCUGGGAUUGAGCUAGGAUCCAACUAUCCUCUCCCGAUCGUUGGAAUUGAUGCAGCAAAAGCGAGGCUACAAGACGCCCUUGCACAGAUGUGGCAGCUCGAGGCAGCUUCGAGAGCUGCAAUCGAGAAUGGUAUGGAGGAAGGACACGGGGACUCGACCGACUUCUCGCCAAUCGCAUUCCCUCAAGACAUGCAAAUGGAGACGAACCACGAACCAGUUAGGAACAACAACAACAAUCCUGCCACUAUCCGGGCUGAUGAAGACCAGAUGGUUCCCAGCAUUACUUCCUUUUUCAGGGACGAAGAAGAGAGCUCGAUGGACCUCACAAACCCGGGCGUGGAUAGCAGAGCCCAAGUGCCAAUAACUGCAGCUCAAAUGAGGAACAAUACAGGCCAAACUGUUAUCCAAGCAGCUCGAAACAUCAACACCAACGCCCCGCCACAACCUAAUAUACGCAGAAGGAAUUCUGAAGACUCCACUGCUGAUUCUUCCAACAGCAGCCGGGGCGUCGUCCCAGUAUGGUCCCCCUCGAGCACGAAUUACUCGGAUCAAUUUGCUGGCGAUGACAACACCACCAUUGGCACCACCAGUACCUCUUAUUUGCAAAGGCAUCAACAGCCUCAUCAGCUAAUGAACUGGCAACGGUUGCCCCAGACAGGCAUUUGUAGUUCCCUCGGGCAUUAGUAAUCUUUAGGUUCUUUUGAACUUGAUAGCAGGUGAUUGGUUUACGCGUGGCACGACAAAAAUCCAGGAAUGGGAGAAUCAAGAUAUCGGGAUAACAAGGUCAUUCAGACAAUGAAUCUGCACGCACGCAGUGGAUCAUGUACUGUACUACUAAGUCUAGCCUGAUCAGAACAGUCAAUUUGUGUGUAUAUUAGCGGAUUGGAUUGGAUCAGGUGAUUCUUUUUCGUGUUUCUGGUUCCUGUUGUAUCAUAUCGUAGGGGUUCUACUGCAUAGUAUAUAUACACAUUCUAUAAGGCCAAAUAAUCAUCAAGUUGGCUGGGAGUUCCUGUAAUAAACUCAGGUUUGUGCCUCUUCAUUUUUGGCUUGAUUGCAUAUGUUAUUAUGUGAUCUUCUUUAUCAUACAAUCAUGGGGUUUAUAGAUAUAGGAACAAUGUUUUGACUGUUGUACAUGUGUUUCAACCAAACUGGAAGUUAACUUUUGAUGAACUA